AUGUCACUUAUGAGCUUCCUACCGGCGCCGACUCAGUUGUCCCAGGACCAGCUGGAGUCCGAGGAGAGGGCCCGGGCACCGAGGUCCCACUCCACCGCCCUCGUCUCCUCCCGCAGAGAACCCCCUCCCUACGGUUACAGGAAGAGCUGGGUGACCCGCUCUCUGGAAGACUUUGGAGAUGGCGCUGCAUUCCCUGAGAUCCACGUGGCCCAGUUCCCUCUGGAGAUGGGAAGGAAGAAGAACGUACAGGUGGACGGUGAGGGCAAGAUCGCCAGACAGGGCAAGGACAAGGUGAUUUUCAGUAAGUGCUCAGACCUGCUUCCUAAGGAAGUGCUGAGCGACGAUGCCACAGAGUUGCAGAAGCCUGACGAGGAGGCUGUCAAAGAGCUGACGGAGAAGACCCGCGAUGCUCUGAUGAAGCAGGUCUCUCAGAAGAUAGCUGCAGCUAUGCCUGUGAGGGCAGCUGACAAACAGGCCCGGCACAGUGCAUCAGGUUGCUAUUCCAGGAUCAAUAAGAAGAUUCCUCGUGGACAUCCCUCCCCUCCUGCACCUGUCAUGCACUCGCCAAGCAGAAAGGUACUGUUGGGGUUCAUACAGACUUGGAAGAUUCCUCCCUGCAUCUCAAACUGGAAGAACGUAAAGAGUUACACCACCCCCCUGGACAAGCAUCUGGCAGCAGACGGUAGAGGACUGCAGACCGUUCACAUCAAUGAGAACUUUGCCAAACUGGCCGAGGCGCUCUACAUUGCUGACAGAAAGGCCAGAGAGGCUGUGGAGAUGAGAGCCCAGGUGGAGAAGAAGAUGGCCCAGAAAGAGAGGAAGAAGGAGGAAAAGCUCAGAGAGCUGGCUCAGAUGGCACCAGACCGUGGGGCAGGGAUCAAAGGUCACGGAGGGGACAAAGGUGGUGAGGAUGGUGAGGCCAGAGAGCGUGACGAGAUCCGCCAUGACGGGAGGAAAGAGAGACAGCACGACAGGAACAUCUCCCGAGCCGCCCCCGAUAAGAGGUCGAAGCUGCAGAGAGACCAGGCCAGGGAUGUCAGUGAGCUCAUCGCUCUGGGUCAGCCCAACUCUAGAGCCUCCAGUGAGGGUCACUACGACCAGAGACUAUUCAACCAGACCAAGGAUAUGGACAGCGGUUUUGCAGGCGGGGAGGAUGAGGUGUACAAUGUGUACGACCAGCCGUUCAGGAGUGGCAGAGACAUGGCUCAGAACAUCUACCGGCCCACCAAGAGCUCUGACAAGGACAUGUACGGAGACGACCUGGACAAGCUCAUGUAGAGCAACAGGUUUGUUCCUGACCGUGAGUUGUCUGGUACGGACCAUGGUCCUCCUGACGGCCCCGUCUAGUUUGAGGAGGAUCCCUUCGGUCUGGACACGUUUUAGGAGGCUAAGCAGCACGGGGGCUCCAAGAGCCCCUCCACCAGCAGAGGCGCCAAGGACUAUGACCAUGACAAGAAACACAGGACGGAGUGAUUGGAACAAGACCGAGACCCUCGGUCUGAUGGGAAGGGAGGAUAUCGUUCAGUAUGCAUAAAAUGUUGGGAAAUGUUUCAAAACGUCGAAGUUCAGAAGUCACUGAAUGUGGGGUUUUUUUCACCUGAACGCCUGAAUGUGUCCAAUGAGAAUGGGCCUUUUUUAUUUUCGUUUUGAAGCUGUUUUCUCCUUUCCGUACCUACUGAAUGUAACCCUGGGUUUUUGGGAGGAUGUGAGGGAAAGUUGAGGAUGAGGGGGGAGAGUUGGGUCAGGACCCCCCCCCCCCCAGGAGCUAGCAGGGAUUAUUUGUUGAUAAUGACAUUUUUCUUUACAGCAUCCCUUUAUCUUUACG